CUGCUGCUGCAGUACCACGAGCCGCUGUUAUGCAACUUCCUUGACUCACAUAAACUCGCGCCUGAGUGCUACGCGCGACUAUGGUUCGAGUCCUUGUUUGCCAACUGCCUGCAGGAGGAGACCCUGUUAGCUCUGUGGGACCUUCAGUUCCUCCUCAACACACCGCAUUUUGGCAUGUUUGUUGCACUGGUUUUGUUAGCUAAUGCUAAGGACGAGCUCAUGGGAAUUCAGGACGUAGAACAGGAGGAGCAAGAGGAUGGCGAGAUAAACCACACUGACGAUGCUCAUAAUGCCAAGACGGAGGAUACUGCCACU